AUGGCCGCCUCACGAACCUUACGAAUAGGCCUGAUCCCCGGUGAUGGCAUCGGCCGAGAAGUCAUACCGGCCGGUCGACGGAUACUGGAGGCUCUACCCUCCUCGCUAGGACUCAAGUUCUCCUUUGUGGAUUUGGAUGCCGGCUUCGAGACGUUCAAGCAGACCGGCGUAGCCUUACCGGACAAGACGGUGGAGACGCUGAAGAAAGAAUGUGAUGGUGCAUUGUUCGGAGCGGUGAGCUCCCCAACGACGCCCACAAAAGGCUACAGCAGCCCCAUCGUCGCCCUCCGCAAGAAGCUCGACCUCUACGCCAACGUCCGGCCCGUCAAAUCCGUCGCGCCUACCCCCGCCUUCCCGGACCCCAUCGACCUCGUCAUCGUCCGCGAGAACACGGAAGACCUUUACGUGAAGGAGGAGAAAACCUACGAUGCUCCCGACGGUAGUGGCAAAGUCGCCGAAGCGAUCAAACGGAUCAGCGAGCGCGCAUCGUCCCGCAUCGCGACUAUGGCCGGCGAGAUCGCGUUGCGACGGCAGAAAGUACGACAGUCUACGGGCGCAGAUACGGAUGGGAAGAAAGCCAUGGUAACCAUUACUCACAAAAGCAACGUCCUCUCCCAGACAGACGGCCUGUUCCGACUCGCCGCUCGCGCCGCCCUCGAACAACCUCAAUUCAAGGAUGGGGGCGUGAUUAUUGACGAACAAAUCGUCGACAGCAUGGUCUACAAACUCUUCCGCCAGCCGGCCUCUUACGACGUCAUCGUCGCGCCGAAUUUGUACGGGGACAUUCUGUCCGAUGGCGCGGCGGCGCUGGUGGGGAGUUUGGGGUUGGUGCCGUCGGCGAAUGUGGGUGAUGGGUUUGCGAUUGGGGAGCCAUGCCAUGGGUCUGCGCCAGAUAUUCAGGGGAAGGGAAUCGCGAAUCCGAUUGCUACGCUGAGGAGUGUGGCGUUAAUGUUGGAAUUCUUGAACCAGGAGGAAGCGGCUGCUAAGAUUUAUGCAGCGGUGGAUGCGAAUUUGUUAGAGGGGAGGCUGUUGAGCCCGGAUAUGGGUGGGAGUGCGAAGACGGACGAGGUGGUGGAGGAUAUCAUUAGGCGGAUGUAG